AUGUCGGCCGCAGUAAAGCGGGCUUCAAAUGCUGGCUCCAGUGCGAGUGCAGUUGCGGGCGCCGCCGAGACAACCGCCGAGACAACCGCUGCGGAGACGACAGCCACCAGUGCUAGUGCGACGGCGGAAUCUACAAGCGCUACCUCAACUGAGGCUACGACGUCUAGUGUCCCAACCUCCACCAGUGAGACGCAUACCAGUACCACCAGUACAAGCACCUCCUCGACUGAGACUACCACCUCAGCCGCCCCCACUUCUACAACGGCUUCUCCGACCACGACCACUUCCGACACCACCAGUUCGACCAUCGCGAGCACCACGAGUGAGCCUACCACUGACAGCACCACUAGCUCAGAGUCUCAACACGCGACCACCAUCUACAUUACUUCGACUGCCACCGAUGGCGCCGUGACUACCGCAACCUCCACACUUAACUCAGCCUCGUCCAGCUCGGCCGCAUUGUCCACCUCAACAGGGGCAGCUGCUGCGGGUAGUGGUGGCCUUUCCGCCAGUGGCACCAUUGCGGUAGCGGUGGUUGUGCCCGUGGUCUCCGUGGCACUGAUCGCUCUCGCCGCAAUUUUCUUCUGGCGCAAGCGCAAGGCCAAGAAGGCGGCCGAGGAGGAACGUCGAAAGGAAGUCGAAGAAUAUGGCUUCAACCCGAACAAUGACGCAACCUUCCCGGGCAUGGCUGGCAGCGUGGCACCCAAGGAUGAUACCUCAUCCGGAUACCGAGGAUGGGGAACCACAUCAGCCGGCCGGAAGGCCUCGACUAACCUCUCCAGCGGAAUGGGACUAGCCAUGUCCGAAGGCAGUGGCCAGUAUCACCAUAACGCUACUCCCAGUGAAGGUACCGUGCAAUACUCAGACGGAGUUCGACCGGACUCGGGAGAGAUUGUUGAACCAAUUGGCGUGUUGGGUGCUGCCCCCGUGGCGGCCAACAACCGCAAUGGAGACAUCCACCGGGGAGCUUCGAACGCGUCGUCUGCUUACUCUGCUGGCAACCGAUCGGAGGCGUCCGAAGAGAGUCACAUGUCUGCUGUACACCCGUCAGGUAGCUACUAUGGGGAAAACCCUUACUACGGAGAGAUCCCUGGGCAUGGUGCCUAUGGUGAUGAUUCCUACCAACCUGUGAUUCGGGAUGUGCAAGCGCGUCGUAACACGCGUAUCGAGAAUCCAGGUGUCUACCCUCGACAAGGGAACGCCGGAAUCGCUCAGAACUUUUAA